CAGCCAACCGGACCCGGACCCGGGCCUGUGACCACACAUAUUGCUAGGAAUCCAAUCAGCUGAGCUGUUCAUACUUGUCUCCAGCUCAUUUCUAGCGAUUCAGAAUCGAUCGCUGCUCUAGUCUGCUAAGCUGAUCUCUGCUUCAUCGAGUCAAACAUGAGCGAGCAAUCUGGGAAGAGGGUCAACAAGGCCAAGGCGCGCCUGCAGCGCAGAGCAGAGGCCAUGGAAGCUCAAAGACAAGAAGCUCGUGAGGAAGUAUCAGCCAUGCCGGAUCACAAAUCAAUAGAAGCUUCGAAAGUGGCCUCCAAAGUCAAGGCUCGUUCUCUGGAAGAGUUUGAUAUCAAAGCUGAUGGACAUUGCCUCUAUUCUGCAUUUGCAGACCAACUUGGCCUGCAUCGUAAUCUCCAGGUGGACUAUAAAGAGUUGAGGAAGCAGACAGCUUCCUUUAUCCGAGAGCAUUCUGACGACUUUUCGCCCUUCCUGCAGUUCGAAGCAGGGGAGCCAGUCACAGUUGAGGCAUACGCUAAAGAGAUAGAGGAAACGGCGCGUUGGGGCGGAGAAAUGGAAAUACUCGCCUUGGCUCGUAAGUUUGAGGUCUCAGUGAGUGUUGUCCAAGCAGCAGGAGACGACUUGGUAUACGAAGGAAAGCAUGAAACUAAGCUGUCUCUUGCUCGCUAUCAGCACAUGUAUUCUCUCGGGGCUCAUUUCAAUUCGCUGAGACCAAUGACAAGACCAAUAACCACAGCUGAGGACUAGCCCAGUUGACGACGGUCUUUCUGACUCCUUCUCUUGCGCUUUUUCUGCAGAUAUGUAGACAGCGAGGCCGAAUCCUUCAUAUUCUCAAACUUGUCCUUGA